UUUGAACGUACGGGUUAUGAACAAGUGGGUCAUAUGAAUUGGUCAGGAGCCUUAGUGUCGUGAUAGUGAAAUUUAAAAAAGGAAUACAAUAAUGAGUAAACUCUUCCGAUUGAAGUCAAAUGAUUUCGAGAAUGAAGCGCUGGAGGUCCACAAUGAAUAUCGACGCGAACAUGGCGUACCACCAUUAGUUCUUAAUAAGGAAAUAUGCAAAGUGAGCCAGAAAUGGGCGGAAGAACUAGCUAAACGAGACACUAUGUCCUAUAGCCUUAACCCUGACUUCGGUGAGAGCAUCUAUUGCGGCUGGUCCACAGAUCCCAACGUUAAAAUUAAGGCACGCGAUUGUGUAGAACGAUGGUACAAUGAGAUCAACGAUUAUUCCUUUGGCAAAGAGCCUCAAGUACUUAACUGUGGGCAUUUUACCCAAAUCGUCUGGAAAAGCACGAAGGAGCUCGGAGUUGGAAGCGCUAAGAGUAAAUCGGGCAAAUUGUACGUCGUUGCAAAUUAUUAUCCACCGGGCAAUUAUGGCGGACAGUUUGUUAAGAACGUCCUACCUCCAGGGGCUCUUCAAUUCAAAAGUACAUCCAGCCUCAGUACGUCUAGUUCCCCACGAGAAUCUAAUAACAAUUUAGCACCACCUUCACCGCAAAGAUGCAGCAAAAACUUGAGUGAUUACGCAUCGGAAUUGGUAACGAAAUUCAAAUCAACGUCCAUCAACACGGAAAAGUUCGAAGAGGAAUUUCUCAAAGCUCACAACGAGUAUAGAAGUAAACACAGAGCUCCUCCACUCGAGCUGAAUAAGAAACUAUGUAAAUACGCAGAGGAAUGGGCGAAAACCAUCGCGAAGAACGGCAGAGUAGAACAUAGAGAUCAAAAUGAGUAUGGCGAAAAUAUAUUCUACGCUUGGUCAUCCGACCCCAACUUUACUUUAACCGGUAGGGAUCCAGUUGAUAAAUGGUACAGUGAAAUAAAGAACCACGAAUUUGGCAAGGAGCCAGAUAAUUUGGGUUCAGGCCAUUUCUCACAAGUAGUAUGGGAAGAUACGAUGGAAGUGGGUGUCGGCGUUUCUAAAACGAAAGAGGGCCAGGUGUACGUCGUAGCGUACUACCACCCGCCCGGGAAUGUUCUUGGGAGCUUUGCUGAUAAAGUACGACCGCCUGCUUAUUUUUAGGUACAAAGGUAUACAUUCCAAAGAAUUAAAACUUUUAUUUAGGUGUGAUAUUUAUUAUCUAUGUAGUAUUGUACAAGAGAUUAUGUUAGUGUGUAAUUUUGUCUUAUAUGUAUUUAUA